CACACCUCGCGUAUCGCCGAAGCGAUGCAUUCGCUCCGGGUUGGACCCCUAUAUUCAUUGAAAUGGCUCGUAUGUAACAGGAACAUCAACUCCCACAUUAACCAAAUGUAAUAUUUUUUCUGGUUCGUCGGAUGUGGAGUUCCUUGUCGUGUUGGUUCGCAGGUUUUUCCAUUCGCUAAUCUUUGCAAGAAGAAUAUGGAAGCAGUCGGCAGCAAAUAUACAUUUUUUAUGGUUGUGUUAGUCAUCUGUCAAAUAGCAGACGUAUCACAAGCCUAUGGAUUCAGAUCACAAAAGAAGCUUGCAGAAAACAUAGACUGGUCAUACACAGGAACACUAAACCAGAACAAAUGGGCCAAGAAAUACCCGUCAUGUAACAGCGCUAAGCAGUCCCCAAUAAACAUUGAGGAGAGCCUGGCACAGGUCAAAGUUCAUUUCCAAAAGCUGAAGUUAAAGGGCUGGGAGAAGCACACCUCUGAGGACACUACAGUAAAGAAUGAUGGCAAGACAGUGGCCAUAGAUGUGGGUGGGGAGUUCUAUGUAAGUGGAGGGGGGCUAAGGUCCACGUUUAGGGUGGGCCGUAUCACAUUUCACUGGGGCCACUGCAAUGCCUCCUCUGAUGGCUCUGAGCAUGGCUUCAAUGGAGUAAAAUUCCCCUUGGAGAUGCAGAUAUAUUGUUAUGAAGCCCAUCAUUACAAUCAGUCAAUUGAUGAUGUCCUGAAGGAUGGUGGAAAGAUUAUUGCUCUCUCUGUGUUGUUUGAGACAAGUGUUGAAGAUAAUGAAAACUAUGAAGCCAUCAUUGAUGCAGUCAACAGUGUCAGCAGAUAUGGCAAGAGUGCCAGUGUGACUCCUUUCAUUCUGCAAAGCCUUCUCCCCAACUCCAUGGAGAAGUACUUCAUUUAUAAUGGCUCCCUCACUUACCCUCCAUGCUCUGAGACUGUGGAAUGGAUUGUCUUUAAGAAUACUGUAGCCAUCUCUGAUGCACAGCUGGAGAUAUUCUGUGAGGUGAUGACCAUGCAGCAGACUGGCUAUGUAAUUCUGAUGGACUACCUCCAAAAUAACUACAGAGAGCAACAGCCUCACUUCAUGGGACAGAUCUUUUCUUCAUACACUGGCACAGAAGAACUCAUCACACCAAUUUGUAGCUCGGAACCAGAAAAUGUGCAAGUAUAUCCGCACAACUAUUCCAGUCUGCUGGUGAUGUGGGAGAGGCCCCGUGCUGUCUAUGAUGCUGCCAUAGAGAAAUACGCCGUCACCUACUGGCAGCCGCAGGGAGACAACCCACCCAAACUUGAGUACCUUACUGAUGGAGACCAGGAUGUAGGAGCCAUCAUCCAGGACUUGUCAGCCAACACCAGCUACAUGCUGCAGGUGGUAGCCGUGUGUACUAAUGGUCUGUACGGUCGUAGAAGUGAGCUGCUGAUGGUGGACAUACCCGUGGAUGACCCUGAAUCAGACCCCGAUCCUGAUCCUUUUGAAUCUGCAGAGGAGGAUUAUUUACUCAACCCCUUUUGGGUUAGGCCUGACUCAGGUCAAGGCCCCUAUCCAGUCCAAACCACUACAGCUCAGCCCAGGGUUACUACAGAGCAACCAGUCCCUCCAGUCUAUGGUUUAAAGACAACCACGUCUACAUCUUCUGAAAAUCUUUACCUUGGCGUUUCAGUGAAAUCCACUACCCAACCUACCAUCAUGACCACUACCACUACUUUCAUCACAGAUAUACUGACUUCACAGUCAGAUUAUUGUGGUAACACACCACCAAACACCAUCCCAGAAGGUGAUGACAGCAGUUACGGCUUUACAGCAACCCCAGUAGAAGGUGAUGACAGCAGUUACAGCUUUACAGAACCUCCAGCAGAAGGUGAUGACAGGAGAUACAGCUUUACAGAACCUCCAGCAGAAGGUGAUGAUAGGAGAUACAGCUUUACAGAACCUCCAGCAGAAGGUGAUGAUAGGAGAUACAGCUUUACAGAACCUCCAGCAGAAGGUGAUGACAGCAGACACAGCUUUACAGAGCCUCCAGUAGAAGGUGAUAUUGGCACUUACAGCUUUACAGAACCUCCAGUAGAAGGAGAUGGCAGCAGUUACAGUUUUACAAAACAUCCAAUAGAAAGUAAUGACAGCAGAUACAGGUUUACAGAAGCUCCAGUAGAAACUGCCACCCUUGACACAGAGGCUACAUUGAGCCCACCUGCAGGUGGAGGAGAGCUCACUAAGUCAGACUUCUAUGAAGAGAGCCAGAUUACUCUAACGCCCCUCGUCGAAAGCUCUGAAGCACAAACCUCCUCCUCCCUCCUGCCAGAGGACCCACAGCCUACAACUCCCAGUGUGCCUUUUCCCACCAUCACAGCCUUCAGUGCUGCUAUUUUGCAAACCACUGAGCCAGUGUUUAAGGGUGAGAGCUCCUCCUCUGCCCCAUGUGUAUCUGACUCCCCAUUCUGCCUGCAUGCCAGUCCUGUGUUCCUCCCCCCCUCUAGCACUGUGUUGUCUGAGUCUGCAUCCACCCCAGCAUGGAAUGUCCCAUAUACUGCUACCGUGCUGGUGUCGGAUGAGACAUGGCCUGUCAACUCCUUCAGCUCUGUGUCUCAUGGGGACGUCUCUAGUGGUUGUGGUGAUGUUGAUGAUGGUGAUGAUGGUGACGUGAUGUCUGGGUCAGCCUCAGGGGCUCCUCCAUGUAGCUCCACUCUACGCCUUCAAACCUUACCUGACUUGGCGCUCUCAACUUGGUCCGACUUGGAGCUGCACCCGUUCUACUCCAAGCCUCUCAGCACUGCUUCUCCACCAAGCCCUCUCCCAUCCAUGCGGUCUUCGGUCCCCUUCUUUGGUGACCACUCCCUGGUGACAGCCACACCUUACUUCACCUCCUCUCUCUCAGGUAUUGUGGAGGACACCAGCCUGUUGGUGGAGUGGGCUGACUCUUCUGUGGUAGCCCUCACUGUUAGCCAAGACAACAACGCUCCUUGCACUCGCUGUCCCGGUGCAACCUCAUCGCAUGUGUCUAUCAAGAGCUUUCUGCAUGCCUCUCCUCUCUUCCUGAUGCCCUCCUCCACCUGGGGCCUGCCCCUUGGUGGAGGCUUCUCGGGUGACCUGUCUAGUGUGGUAGACCAUUCGCUUCUGUCUUCCUCCAGUGCAGGGAUUCCCAUAUGUAGUGCAGCAGACUGGGAGCUGUGUUCUGGGGUUCUUCCAUCUCCUCUUGUCUCUCAUACUGAACCUUCUAGUGACUUACACUUCUCUAUUACAGCCAAUGUGGGCAGCAUCAUGCACAGCAAAAUCUUCCAGCUCCCGCGAGCUUCAGUUGCUUUGGAAGCCCCCACUCAGUCGCCUACUUCAGGCCCAGAGACAGCCUCGCCACGCACACAGUCUGGCGAAGGGCCUCUGGACAGUAGCGCCUCUGGCUGGGUCAUGGACCAAGACUGGGGCCAGAGCUCAGCUUCAGGAGAUGGGAAUCCUGCAUCUCACACCCCCACCACCUUCCCUACAGAGGGGCUGCCUGAAGAGGCAGAAGAGGAGCACUCCUCAUCCUUCUACUUUGAGAGCGAGAAUGUAACAGAGAGCAAGGUUACCACGGCAGCAGUUUCCCUCCCCCCUAGCCCACCCUGGGCCAUGGGAAGUGUAGAAGAAGACAGUGGCUCAGGCGAGAGCCUUACGGAUAACGAGACGUCCUCUGAUUUCAGCAUCCCAGAGCGCGCUGACAAAGACUCAGAGGAUGAACCGGUGGCAGAUGCCAGUAACAGUAGUCAUGAGUCCCGGGUGGGCCUGGUAGGCAGUAUGGAGCAUCAGAGGAAAGCUAUGGUUCCUCUGGCUGUGGUCUCUGCUCUCACCUUGCUCUGUCUUAUCAUUCUGAUGGGCAUUCUCAUCUACUGGAGAAAGUGCUUUCAAACUGCUCAUUUCUACAUAGAGGAUAGCACUUCUCCAAAAGUCAUAUCAUCUUCUCCUACUCCUAUUUAUAAUCACUCAGAUGAGCAUGAGCUUUUCUCAGCAAAGCAAUUUGUUAAACAUGUUGCAGAACUUCACAACAACAACUCUUUCUCUCGUGAGUUUGAGAUAUUGAAAGAUUAUUUUGAGGCAGUUCAGGCAUGCACUGUAGAUCUGGGAACUACAGUAGACAGCUCCAGCCACCCAGACAACAAGAGCAAGAACCGAUACAUCAACAUUUUAGCCUAUGACCAUAGCAGAGUCAGACUCCUACCCCUGUCUGACAAAGAAGGAAAGUCUGAAGGUGACUACAUUAAUGCCAACUAUGUGGAUGGUUUCAAUAAACCAAGGACUUACAUAGCAGCCCAGGGCCCUCUGAAAUCAAGCACUGCGGACUUCUGGAGGAUGGUGUGGGAGCAGAAUGUAGGAGUGAUAAUCAUGAUCACAAACCUCAUGGAGAAAGGAAGAAGAAAGUGUGACCAGUACUGGCCACUGGAGACCCAAGAAGAGUACGGUUGUUUCCUUGUGACUGUUAAGAGCACCGAGGUCAUGGCCUUCUACACCCAGAGAACCUUCACUAUAAGAAACACACAUGUAAAAAAGGGCUGCCAGAGGGCUCAUGUUCAGGAGAGGAUGGUAGUCCACUACCAGUACACGCAGUGGCCAGACAUGGGCGUGCCUCACCACGUCCUCCCAGUGCUUUCAUUUGUCCGCAGCGCCUCCAGAGCCAGGAGAGAAGACAUGGGGCCUGUGGUGGUGCACUGCAGUGCGGGAGUUGGGCGAACAGGCACUUACAUUGUGCUGGAUAGUAUGAUAAAGCAGAUCAAAUCACAAGGUACAGUGAAUAUCAUGGGUUUCCUCAAACACAUCCGCACACAGAGGAACUACCUUGUGCAGACUGAGGAACAGUAUGUCUUCAUUCAUGAUGUAUUGGUAGAAGCGAUACUGAGUAAGGAGACUGAGGUGCCCACAAGUUGUAUCCAUAGUUAUGUCAAUGACCUGCUGACCACUGGACCUUCAUGCAGGACACGGAUGGAAAAGCAGUUCAAACUGGUGAGCCAAUCCAAUGCUAAGCAGUAUGAUUACUCAUCUGCUCUGAAAGAGUGCAACAGGGAGAAGAACAGAAGCUCCACACUGAUACCUGUGGAGAGUUCAAGAGUAUGUUUGUCAACAUCAAUAGAGGAGACCUCAGACUACAUCAAUGCUUCUUAUAUUAUGGGUUAUCAUCAGAAAAACGAAUACAUCAUUACCCAGAAUCCUUUGCCCAAUACAGUGAAAGAUUUCUGGAGGAUGAUUUGGGAUCACAAUGCCCAAGUUAUUGUCUCACUGCCUAAUACACCCAAUGUGAUGGAUGUGCCUGAGCAAGUGGCCUUCUGGCCCGGAAAAGAUCAGUCAAUCCACUGUAACAUGUUCACAGUAACCUUAAGAAAAGAGGAGCAUAUGUGCCUGUCUAAUGAGGAGAUGCUGACUGUGCAGGAUUACCUCCUGGAAGCUACUCAGGAUGACUAUGUUCUGGAAGUGAGGCACUACCGUGGUCCUCGCUGGCCCAACCCAGACAGCCCAAUCAGUAACACUUUUGAGCUGAUCAACAUUGUCCGAAGGGAGCGGUGCUCUGCAGAGGGGCCCAUGGUUGUACAUGAUGACUAUGGAGGUGUGACGGCUGGGACAUUCUGCUCCCUCUACACCAUGCUACAGCAGAUGGAGGCUCAUAGUGCGGUGGACAUUUACCUGGUGGCCAAGAUGACCAACCUCAUGAGGCCAGGGAUCUUCACUGACAUAGAGCAGUACCAAUUCCUCUACAAAGCCAUCUUGAGUCUGGUUGGAACCCAAGAGGAUGAGAAAACACUCCAGUCCUCCAACAACAAUGGUGCAGUCCCAGGAGGCCCAGCAAGCGCCUCAGAGAGCCUGGAAUCCCUGGUGUAGCCAUAGCAACAAGCAUACACAGCUCACAAGGGCUGUCCCAUAACACCUGCUGUGCUGCUCUGCUUUUUAUCUGUUUGUUUCCUGUCUUCAGAUGACAGACCUGCAUGCAGCACUUGGUAUGAGCUUGGAACUUGGAAUGUGUAUCUUUGUACAUUCAUUUUGUUUGACCACUUUGAUAUAAUAGCCUUUGCCUCUGACACUUUGUAUUAACCUUACUAAUUUCUUUUCAUAGGAUUUCAUAUUUAUUGGCAUUACAGCUAAUUUAAAUGAGGGAAAUCAUUUUUAAUAAUACAUUUUGUUAGUCUAUAUUUUGUAGUAACCAAGGGCCACAUGGAUUUUUCACAUGGAUGUAAAUACAAAGAAUGUGGCAAUUUUUUUUCCGUCACAAUUUUCAGACAAGGGCAUGGAAAAAUAUUCUAAUUUGUAAAUAAUAUUAUAGCAACCUCGUCAAUGGACCAAAAUUCUAUUUAUAAGUCUAGAUUUUUAUAUUUUACUACUGUUGAGGCUGUAGCGCUUUACACUGUAUCUAUGAAUGCACUCAAAUAAUCUAGUGAAACAUUGUUCUAAUAUUUCUGAGGUCCCAGUAUUUUGUACUGUAAUUCACUUAAUAGAAAACAUGAUAUACUGAUACCCUCUAGCUGUAAAUAGAAAACAUUUCUGCUGUAUGUAGGAUUAAUCGCAACAGAAUAAAACCAAACAAUCAGGAAUAUA